CUGAAAAUGUCUCCAAACAUGACCUGUGAAGCUCUCCAGUCUUUUUCUCCACGACUAACUGUUGCCAAAAGGAAGGAGGCUCUUGAGCUCAGAAAGACUAUGAAACCGCUGAUGGAGAAAAGAAGGCGCGCUCGUAUCAACGACAGCCUGAACCACUUGAAAAACCUCAUCCUUCCCCUCACAGGCAGAGAUAAAACUCGCUAUUCCAAGCUUGAGAAAGCAGACAUCCUGGAAAUGACUGUGAGGUUCCUCAGCGACAUUCCACCUGUUAACACCAAAAAUUCCGCAGACAGUUACAAAGACGGCUACAAAGCCUGCCUCCAGCGCGUCUCCGCUCUGCUCCCCAAAACGAGCCUGGACAAAGACGCGUGCCAGCGGGUCAACGACUUCGUCCAGCAGUCUGUUUCUGCGACCGUCACCCCAGCCUGCCUGAACUGCUGCGCUCAGAGCUCCAGGACCUUCCCUCAGAUCCAUCAGAGACUCCUGAGCCUGAAAUCCAGCUUCAGCUCCAGACCGGAGAUCCAGUCCCGCUGCGGCGGAGGCGCAGUGGCCCCCAGCAGAGCGCAGUCAGGCCCGCAGCCCGUCAGCGCCGCGAUGUGGAGACCCUGGUAG